AUGGCCCGUGGCAUUCCAUGCUGGGACAGCCAGGGCAACCCGGUGCCUGUGUCCCGGCCUCUGCGGUCAGACCGUCACCCGGACGGUAUUCCCGAUCUCCCCCCCGGUGAUGCUCGCCGUGUGCGCCUCGCCAACGAAAGCUACCUGGCGCUUCGCCAGGCCGUGCGCCUGGGUUUGCAGCGUGGCAUCUUGAUUGCUGUGGAGAAUCCGCGGUCAUCCUUGUUUUGGAAGACUUCCUUUUGGCGCGACGUGGCUCAUGCUUUUUCGCCAUGUGGAUCACCAGGCGCGCCUAUGGUGGCGACCGUCCCAAGUUCACCCGGAUUGCCAACACGCAUCCUUCUUUCGAGUCCUUGUGCAAACUGUGUCCCGGCUGCCCUGCGCAUGCGUCUUGGGGCGUCGACUCCACGGCCCCCAACGGUUUCGCCACCAGUCGGGAGACCGCCUACCCUCGUCUCUUAG